UACAUAGCAAAAGGAGCUUUCGGAAAGGUGUACCGGGUGAGACGAGUUAAUGACGAUCAGGAUCAUCAGGAUUUCGCCUUGAAGGUUUUGAGCAAGUCAGAGAUUAUCAACGGAAACGCAAUACGCCAACUUAAAGACGAAGUUGAUAUUCAAACCAUCUGUGGCCAUCAUCCGUUUCUCGCCAAAUGCAUUGAUUAUUGGCAGUCGAAGAAAAAGGUGUUCCUAUUAUCCAACUACUACUCGAACGGAGAGCUCUUCCAGAAGUUCGCCAAAUAUCCAUUCGAACUUGUGCGAUUAUAUAUAGCGGAAAUUGCACUUGCACUUGAUUUUCUGCACCAAGCCGGAGUCAUAUACCGUGAUCUGAAACCGGAAAAUGUGCUACUCGAUCAGGACCAUCACAUACGACUGAUUGAUUUUGGACUGAGCAAGUGGUUGAGCAUCGGUAGCCGCACGCGAACCAUCUGCGGAACUCUACAGUACAUGGGUAAAACAUCAUUCUGAUUUAUUAACCAUUGACUAAAGUGCACAAAGUACUCAGUUCCGGGUAAGAUCAAUUUCAAUUAGAAAAACCAAGUGCAUCAAUCGCAAAAAAGAAGUUAAAUGAUAAGAAAGCGAAAAGUUUUGCGUUAUAUGUAGGAAACAUAGUUUCGAACGGCAUAGCAUAAUGAAUGCUCGCUCGCAAACUUUUGACCUGACGAUGGAAGGUCGUCAGGUAGAUGAAGCUGUUUCAAGUAUUUUUCACACGAUUCUGUUUCAUCGGAGUUUGGGCAAGUUUAUGUACACUGGUGAGGCCAUGUACUCUAUUGGAUCCAUCGGUUAUAUGGAUGUGGACUGUGAUUUCAUUGACUUCACUUACGUUUGCUGUACUUCACCGAUGCUGGAUGAAACAAUCAAGCGAGAGAUUGGAGAGUUCAGUCGUCAAUUGCGCAGCAAUGAAAGCUCUGGCACGGGUCAAAUUAGUUUGGAGUUUUUCCAGCGGAAGAAGGCGCGGUGGGCCUUCCUGACCGAAUGCAUCCCAUGGGAGGUGUGGACUAUCCGAUUGGAGUUAGUAAAUCUGACUAAUGAAGACGAUCGGCAGAUUUAUCGGGAACAAGUAGGAGAUACGCUAUCGGAUAAAAUUGUCUACAUUACUGAGGUAAUGAAUAGACACGAUUACCUACCGAAAACUCCAAACCAGGCAGAGUUGGAUUUGGUUUUCGACACUUCUUAUCCAGACGUGCAACCAUAUCUAUUCCAGUUUAAGUUUACUACCACCGGACCCAGCAAUAAUUCCGUGGGGAAAACUGUUAUUAAGAAGUUGUUCAAGGAAACGCUUUCAUUGUGACUGUAUGGCGGUCGGACGUAUUAGCAAUGGUAACUUUUGGUCGAAAAAAAAAAUAGUGUUUAUCGAUAGGAGGAGGAUUUCAAUACAGUGUCAUUGAAAAAAAAGAUAUUGGCGUGGAAAGCUAUUUGAGGCUAUUUGAUUGGUACAUCAUGGAAAAGAAUUGGAAAAUGUUUGUAGAAGCCAAUCGAUCGCUAACCAUAUGUUUUUAUCGUUUUAGAAAUUUCGAUUUUUAUUUCAAUCGAUUUUGCUAUUAUAAGUUUAUGCUCAAAAUUUAUGUACGACAAAUAUACAUUUGCAUGAUCGAUUAAAUAUUGCUUUAACUUAUCAUGUAAAGAACUAAAAUAUAAUUUUUUUUCCGGCGAAUAAAAAAAGCGAAAUCAGUUGAAAAAAUUUUGGUUGUUUUUUUCAACUGUAAACUAAUUGAUUAUCAAUAGUUUUACUAUUGAAACCGUUAGCUGACUACUGGAAUAACCUGAUGUGUAUGGAAUCAUAUUCUAGUAGCUAUUGCAAACAUUCAUCUGUUUUGAUUUGUCUCAAGUUCGUUGAAAACCUAUGGAACUUUGGAAAAGAGACGGUCAAUGCCAAGGUGUUUUUUGUGAUCUAUUCUAAGUGCUGCUCUAAAAAUGGUCCUUAAUUUAGGUUAAUCAGAAAAGUUUGAAAUAACAAUAUUCUGCGGAAAAUUGGCGUGAUAAAACCGAAACGCUACUGUGUUUCGCUCUCUUGUUUUGCAAUAUAUUGUUCCAAAAAACAAGAUUUUUUUUUUCAAAACAUUUCGAUUUCGCCACAUUAUUUCUUUACGAUUAAAAAUUUUCAACGAAUCAUGCAAGAGCAAACAGUUGAAAUUAUGCACUAGAACAUCAUGAAAGCAUUCAACGAUUUGUUUUAUUUGCUUGAGUUUCUUUUUUUUUAAAUUUUCGUAUGUUUUUCUUAUUGUACCUAGUAGUGAAAGAAAACCGACUCGAAAAUAUUUGUUUUCAAAGCAAGACAACAAUCCGGUUAGAAAUCGCUGUACAUUCGAUAUAUGUUAGAGCAUAAACGUUGUAUUCGUUACCAGCUUUGAAUGGCGUUAUCAGUGGUAGCAAGCUAUAUGUAAUAUAAACAUUAAAAUGAUUGAAACAACAUUUCAAAAUUAUUUGAUGUUGAGUUAAGAUCGAGUAACGCUGAUUUAGAUGCACUUACCACCUACAACUAGUAGCUCAUACAAACAAGACGUUCUUAAUUAUAGGGUAAACGGUGAUUUUAGAAUUGUGUAAAAAAUCGUGUAAGGGAUUACGAAAAGAGAUAUGUAUAAUUGUAAUGUGAUAAAAGGCUGAGCGAGGAAAAGAAAUGCUGGAUAAUUUAAAUAAGCGUGAAUGUUAAUUGCACCUAGCUAAGGUGAAGAUAUCGCAUUAGUUUAAACCGCGUAACGCACCGCAUAUUGCAUAACAAAAGUGCAACAGACAAACAAAUUGUACAUUUUAACUGUUAGUGAGUCAUUAGCGUAGAGUUGAGUUAUUUUUUCCUGUGUAGAUAUAUUGAAAUUCGAUUAAACAUACGUGAAUUACAGUGUGAAAGUGCAUCGAAGAUUGAAGAUGCUCAACGAGAGAGAAUAAAGCAAGUCUCAAAACCUUAA